AUGUCCGAAAAAAAUGUGGUCAUCGCAGCAACUUGCGUCCAGCAAGCAGGCCCGGACAGUUCGCCAACAGAAGAUGCCUCAAAUGUGCAGUGUGUGGAUGUUGAAAGUGACCAGCAGCCGUCGACAUCCAGUGGCUGGUUAGUGGCAGUUCGCGCUGAAUGUUAUAAUCAGCAGGUUACUUUUGCAUUUGAUGUUAAUGAAAUUCAGAUUUUUGCGGAGAAUGUGGAAGUUUCACGACCCCAACCGCCUUUGCGGAUCUCGAGAAUUCGAGAAAAGUAUGAUGGGGUAAGCAUAACCAUCCCGGUUGAUGGCACCUUAUCUCGGCCGUCGAAAAUUAAAAAAGUCAGGCCAAAACCCAGCAAAGAUGGAUUCAAAGCAACAUUAAGAGAGCGGAAUGGUUCUAUGUACCUCAACGAAUGGCUUGCUGACGUUCACUUCGUUGUUGGUGAUGUUGGUAUUUUUGACAGCAGUGAACGAAUUCCUGCCCACUCUUAUAUCCUCUCUAUAGCUUCGGAACCGUUCAGUGCCAUGUUUAAUGGUGGAUUCGACAGAAAAAAUGAAAUUGAAAUACCGGAUGUUGAGCCAGCUGCUUUCAAAAUCUUGCUGAAAUAUUUAUACAGUGAUGACAUUGAACUGGAUGCGACGAGUGCUCUUUCGACGUUGUAUGUUGCGAAGAAAUACAUGAUAACGUAUCUUGCACAAGCAGCCAUCGACUUUUUGGACUGUAAUCUUAAAGCAGACAAUGUUUGUUCAUUACUGGCUCACAGUCGUCUUUUUGAUGAGGAGUUCCUGAACAGAUGUUGGAAAUUAGUGGAUGCGGAUGCAGAAAGGGUCUUGUCAUCCGACAGUUUUUGUGACAUUGAUUUCUCACUGCUUGAUCAAAUAAUAUCCCGUAAAACUCUUGUUGUCCGCGAAAAAAUAGUCUAUGAAGCAGCGAUAAAGUGGGCGAAAGCUGAAUGUGGAAGGCGCGAAUUGCCGGAUCUACCACAAAACUUGCGAGACGUGUUAGGCAAUGCUUUGUAUCAUAUUAGGUUUCGGGCAAUGACAAUCAAUGAAUUUGCUAAUGGCCCUGCAAAAGCUGGCCUACUUACUUGCCAGGAAACCAAUGAUGUAUUCAUACAUUUUGCUGCCGAGGAAAAGCCGUCAUUACCAUUUCCUGUGAAUAAACGGUGCGGCCUGCGCCUGCUGUCAUGCACUCGAUUUCAAACAGUUUUGCAAGGGUCUGUUAAAAAGGCGUUAUUGGGCUUUUUUACUCGUAUGAUUUACAAAAAUCAUCGGAAGUGA